AUGUCUACUUCCACUGCGGCGCUUCAGCACAAAAAAUGGACAAAGUCGCCAUACUGGAUCUCGACCGAUUCAACCAUUAUCCCAGUCCAAACAUUAAAUGAUUGGUUUGCGACCGAAGAAGUUUAUUGGGCAAAGCCAAUGCCAAAUCAAAUACUCCGAGAAACGCUCCAGAAUUCUCUCUGCUUUGGUCUCUACCACCAACCAAAUGAAAAUGUGUCCCAAAUUCCAGAGGGGAAUCAAGUGGCUUCGGAGUUCAUCGGCAUUGCACGAUGUAUAACAGACUUCACUACAUUUAUUUACUUAACUGAUGUUUUUAUUCUACCAUCACAUCAAGGCCAUGGCCUCGGAACAUGGCUUGUGGAAUGUGUGCAAGAAAUUGUUGAGUCCAUGCCUUACUUGAGGCGCUCUUUGUUGUUUACAGAGGACUGGAAGCGCUCCGUCCCUUUUUACCAAAAGCUCAUGGGCGUGGAAGUACAUCAAUUCCAGGCUCCAACUGAUAAAAGUGAUGGUCAAGGCUUGGCUGUCAUGAUGCGAAAAGGAAAAGGAAACCCCAGUUAUCAGGCGGAACAAAAGCCUUGA